GUCGAUACCCAUGGCAGCAAAUGUUAAAGAUUCACUAAUAAACGACAUUAAGUUAUAAUCAAAUAGUAAUCAGUUCAUAUUAUCUAUAUCAAGGUUGUGAAAAUGUGUAUUCAGAGAAAAGGUGAAGGCAGUAUACAAAUUACAUAAUUCCACUUUAUGGCAUCUAAAGUUCAUUUAUUUAUUUAUUUGUUUUAUGAAUGUAGUCCACUGGGUUAGUGGUGUAAGGAAGUAAUUGACAUGUGACAGUUGAACACAGACUGCCUGGCUGGCACAUGCAGUAUCUCUGCAGGCAGAGGGGAGGAAGGAUCAUUAUUAAAGUUCAGCUAAGUUCCAGGUGAGUCGGCUGAGUGAAGACAGGGCUCCUGUGGAACCAGGCCAUGGAUGAAGAGUUGAUGCCUUUGGACUGCCUGCUGCCCUCAGGCAAGCAGAGGAUCGGUCUGAUCAUUCUGAACCAGCCUUUGGAUAAGGACUACCUAAACAUCCUUUGGAGUAAAGCUCUCUUGAAGGCAUGUGCUGAUGGAGCUGCCAAUCACCUUUAUAAUGUCACUGCUGGAGCAAGAGAUAGCUUCCUGCCCGACUAUAUCAGCGGGGAUUUUGAUUCCAUUACCGCAGAGGUCAAAGCUUUCUUUUCAGACAAGGGGUGCAAGCUGAUAGAAACAGCCAAACAGGAUCUCACAGACUUCACCAAGUGUCUUACAAUUAUGGUGAAGGAAAUUCAAAAGCGACAGUUGCAGGUGGAUGCCAUAGUGACACUGGGUGGUCUGGGUGGCAGAUUUGACCAGACCAUGGCAUCUGUUGAGACCCUCUAUCACGCUCUGUCCAUGACACGACUCCCCCUGUUGAUCAUACAGGGGACUAGCCUGGCGUGCCUGCUCAGACCCCAGGGCAGCCACAGACUGGGAGUGAACACAGGCCUGGAGGGGGACUGGUGCAGUCUCAUUCCAGUAGGUGGACCCUGCCAAACAAUCACCACUGGACUCAAAUGGAACCUGAAUAACGAUGUCCUGCAAUUUGGGAAGCUAGUGAGCACGUCCAACACCUAUGAACCGGUUGGCCCCGGAGAGCCAAGGAAGCCUGUAACUGUGACAACAGACCAACCUCUGCUCUGGUCCAUGGGGAUACAUAAUGAUAAGGAAUGACACAGAAGAAAUCAGAUGUCACUGCUUUUGUACAGCUAUGACCAAAUGGUCUUUUUUUUUUAAACACAUGGCCAAAAAUCUCACCGAAGUGUUUGAAGAGGUAUAUAAUAAUGGAGACUUUGUCAGUAUGGCAGGAAUCUUUGAAAAUCCACAACCGACCAAAUCAAGUGAUUACUACUUUUAGUUUGUUAUUCUUAGUGGCCAUCCUUGCCAAGAAUAUUUUUUUUAUCUGCUGUAUUUUUUAACAGUUGCUCAGGAUCGGAUGUGCUUGCUCACUGCACAGGGUUACAUUCAAAAUGAGCCACAUGGAAAUGAAUACCCAUUUCUGUAUGUGCACCUUACAUGCACAGAAUCCUUACCAACCAAUAACUGGUUGCUUUUUGCAUAUGACUUAAAUAAGAGCUUGUUGCAGAGAAUUACAGACUAUACACAUCCACCACACCUGCUGAACAUAUGACUGUUAGUGUGUGCACUAAGCUGCUUUACAUCACAGCCUGCAGUAUGUGCUUUUCAACUGCCCUCCUAUAGCUGCCACAUUAAUCUUCUACAGUAAGUUCCAUGAAGAUGGGUGUUAUGUGCCUUUUGAUACUUUAAUUCAUACAGUACUUCCAAAAGUCAGAAAUGGUUAAAAUGUUGCCAUUUAUGGCAUCUAUGGUGAUAGCAAGGCUGUGUGAAUAGAUGGGACACAUCAAUCUGGGUUUCCAUUUGUUUUAUUUACACAGAAAUAGAAAUGUUGUGCACAGAAUGUAAAAAUUUCAUCCCUUCAGUCCCCAAAUCACACCAGCCCAUUAACGCUUGUCCUCUUGACCAUCUCCUGUCCCCAGAUGUUGUAGUUUGUUUUUGCUUGACAAAGAUUUAA